UGUAUAUAAAAUAUCUUUAAUUGGUUAGUUACUUACAGGAGUUAGGAAGCAUCUAGAUGCUACGCUCUUCUUCUACCCCAACCCAUUUAUGAAUACAAAACAGCAAUUAAUAUAACAUCAUUCCAGUGAAGAUCGAUUCUCUCGUUUCAGUUAUAAACAGCAACAAUCAAUGAGUCGACAUCCUCCUUUGAAGUGGGCUCAGCGGGCCGAUGUGCUAUUCAUCAAAAUUGAUCUGCCCGACGCAAAAGACGUGAAGCUUAAACUCGAGCCAGAGGGUAAAUUUUACUUCUCUGCUACUGCAGGAGCCGACAGUGUACCUUAUGAAAUUGACAUUGAGCUUCAUGACAAAGUGAAUGUGAAUGAGAGCAAGGCGAGUGUCGGGUCGAGAGCUAUUGUGUACCUUAUCAAGAAAGAAGAAAGUAAAUGGUGGAAUAGGCUUUUGAAGCAAGAGGGGAAGACACCGGCGUUUGUGAAAGUGGAUUGGGAUAAAUGGGUAGAUGAAGAUGAGAUGGAUGAAAAAGCUGGAGCUGAUAUGGACUUUGGUGACAUGGACUUUUCUCAACUUAACCUAGGAGGCGGCGGAGGCUUUGAUGCAGAAGGUGUUGAUGAUGUUGCAGAGGAUGAAGAUAGUGACACAGAAGAGGAAGAAGAAGAAAAGAAGGAAGGUGAAAGUAUUGGUAAAAAAGAAGUUGCAACACCCCUAGGUAACCAAGUUGAGGCAGGAGCUUGAGCUAAGAUUUGGUUUUGAUCAAAACAUAUGGCUAAAAAAAAGACUGAUGGUUUAGUUAUGGUUUGAGAGUUAUAUAGUUUAUCUGGUUCAUGUCAGUGUUUAGAUGGAUGGAUGGGUUUGUUUCAGUUGUUUUGUGUUGUUAUUGCCAACUUUGUGAACUCAUUUGUCCAAAUCUAGAUGGUUUUAUCUUUUAUCCCAA